CUUCCUGCCCAGGCGAGGCGAGGCGGCCUCAGCCGCAGCAGGGGCGGGGAGAGGUGGGGAGCGAUGCUUGUGUGUGAGCAGCAGCAGCCGGGGCUGGCAGAGUGGCCUGGAGGCGGGCCAGGGCGCCAUGGAGGCAGGGGGCUCCCUAGGUUUGGAACAAAGACCUCACGGGCAGGUCCCCUGAGCCUGGGCCAGCAGGAUGGUGGUGGAGCCCGAGAGAGGCAGCAGGUAGGAUGGCCGGUACUGAGAGAAGCUGGCGGUGACUGAGGCGCCCGCAGUGGCAGCUCUGUCUCCUGAAGAUGAGGUGGCCCAGGUGAAGCCCAGGCUAGGUCCCAUGGCCAGCUCCAGGACGGAGGUGCGCUGGCCCGAGCUAGGCCUGGGGAGGGGGCCCCAGCGGCGGCGCUGGGCCUGGGCUGAAGAGGAAAAGGAUGCCGAGGGGAGCGGGGGAAAAGAGGGGGCCUUUCCCAAUGCCACCAGCCCCGAGCUCCUGGAAGACUUCCGGCUGGCCCAGCAGUGCCUUCAGCCGCUGGAGUGGGACCCGCGGGCUGCUGACAGCCAGGAUUCCGAAUCGGGAGAGUCUGCAGGAGAGGAGUUUGAAGCAGAGAAUGUGGACAGCCCAGAAAGUUCCAACUUGCCUCUCAACUGGCUCCCCGAGCAGGAUCCUCACCUGGCCAUGACUGAAGAGGAGCUGGAUGAAACCCUUGGAGGUCCUGAGGUGGAGGAAGCUGGAGACAGUUCUCCAAGAUUGGAGUAUGAGACUGGUCUCAGCUCAGGGGGCGAUGGAAACACCAGCCCCAGGGCUCUAGGAUGGGGUCAGGACACGGACUGGGUGCCCACUGACAAACAAGCCAGUGGAGACAAACUUCCAGAACAUUCUGAGGACAACCCAACUGUUGACCUCAGCUCUGCAAGGUCCUGGAGCAGUGGGACCGUGAGCCUCGACCACCCCAAUGACAGCCUUGAUUCUCCCUGGGAAGGAGAAACUGAUGUCCCCCAGCCCGCUGGCCUGGCAGAAACCUUACCGCAAAACUCCAGCCACCACCUCCUAAGCCCAAACACCAACACUGGAGGAAGUGUUGCUCUGGCAACCCCCACGGAAUUCCAAGACUCCUCGGUACCCCAGACCCAGAGCCUCCAGGGUCCAGCAGUUAAGUGGAAAGAAAGUACCAGCCUCUCCUACCCUCAAUUGGGGGACGAAGCCUGGAAACGGACACGGACAUCCCCUAAGACACUCCCUUCUCGAUUCACUGGCUCUGUCAGCCUCCUGAAUCCGCCUAGGUCAGGCCGGCAAGACAGGCUGCCGCCCAGGCAGCAAGCCACUCUGGCUGGCCCUUCAUCUUCUGAUGCCUCCAAGUAUGGGCGGGGGCAGCUGAACUACCCGCUCCCUGAUUUCUCCAAGGUUGGACCCCGAGUAAGGUUCCCCAAAAAUGAGAGCUACCACCCCCCCAAGGCCAGGAACCACAGCAGGCAGCCCCAGGGCCCUGCCAGGCCGCUGAUCUUCAAGUCUCCUGCUGAGAUCGUGCAGGAGGUUCUGCUGAGCAGCGGAGAAACCGGCCCGGCCAAGGACCCACCUGCUACACACCCCAUCACCAGGGUACCCCAAGAAUUUCAGACACCUGAGCAAGCCACCAAGCUGGUCCAUCAGCUCCAGGAGGACUACCGCAAGCUCCUCACCAAGUACGCCGAGGCUGAGAACACCAUUGACCAGCUGCGCCUUGGGGCCAAGGUGAACCUGUACUCGGACCCGCCCCAGCCCAGCCACAGCAUCCACACAGGGACGGUGCCCCAGGGGACCAAGGUCUUGUCCUUCACCAUCCCACAACCCCACUCUGUGCUGCGGUGGUCGGGCCCUGCCGAAGCCCCACAGACCCCUGGGGCCUCAGGGUGGCCGUCUGCUCAAGGAGACCUGAGUCCAUCCUCGUCUGCCCCAGCAAGGCUUCUGGAGAACCCAGGCAUCACCCAGGACCAGCCCUCAGCAGAGCAGGCCCAGGGGUUGGCCUCUCAGGCCCGCCGGUUCAUGUCCAAGGUGGAGUCCUUUGCAGGACUGAUACAGGAGGGACGGCUGACGGCCCAGGACCAACUCAAGGUGUUUCAGCGCCUGAAGGCUGCCCAUGCAGCCCUGGAAGAGGAGUACCUGAAGGCCUGCAGGGAGCAGCCGCUGGCCCAGCAGCUUGCCAGAUCCCAGGGGAUGCCUGGAAAAUUCGAUCCUGGCAGGGAGCUGGAGGAGGAGAUAUUCCAGCUGGGAAUUCGCCUGGAAGAGCUGAAGGACCACAUGGACCAGAACCAGCAGGAGCCUGGGCGAGCUGGGUCAGACUCCCCUCCCGACAGCCUCCCAGCCUCGCCCACCCCGCGCCAGCCAGCAGGCCUGCCUUCUCCUUCAGGACAAGCCCCCACUGCCGCCGUCCAGACCCUCUGCCCUCAGCCUGCCGCCGCCAGCAGCAUGGGCCCCUACGCCUCAACUGUGAACGUGGAGCUUAGCCCUGCGAGCAGUGAGGGGGACAGGCCCCUGGGCCUUUCGGCCCCACUCAGGCACGAGGAGCUGGAGUUGGAGCAGGGUCUCCAUGGCCUCCUGGAGCGGUAUCUCAGCACGACGUCCCUCCCAGAAGCCGUGAGCAUAGAGGACGGGGAGGAGGAGGAGGAGGAGGAGGAGGAUGGGCAAGGCCACAGAGUGGAAGUUGAUGGGCCAGCUCCAGCUCUAGGAAACUCCAAGGCCACCAGGAUCCCCAUAAGGCGGCUCCCAGCCCUGGGCAAACGACGUCACGGGGCUCCUGUCACGGAGACGGCGGAGCUGAUGGGGUCCGCGAAGCCUGCAGGCAUCCAUGCAUCCGCAGCCAGGAAUGGGUACCUCCAGGGCUCCGACAAAGCUGAGGCAGCUCCUCCAGGCCCAAGCAGGCCGCCUCACCCUCAGGGCACCAAGACCGUGGGAUCGCACCAGAGCAGUCUGACCAGCUUAGAGGGAAGCGGCAUCUCUGAGCACCUUCCACGGAAGUCUCUGCGCCAAGCUGGGGGGCUCCCUCCAGAGGAGCCCUGGAUGGCAUCCCCAGAGACAGACAGUGGCUUUGUGGGCUCAGAAACCAGCAGAGUGUCGCCCCUCACCCAAACACCAGAGCACCGGCUCUCCCACAUCAGCACCGCGGGAACGUUGGCCCAGCCUUUUGCUUCAUCUGAGCCUCGGGAUGCAGCCUCCCACCCCCAGACCGGGGCUCCUCCAGUCCCCAGAAGAGCCAUGGAACCCAGCACACCCAGGAGCCAAGCCCAAAGGCGACCCUCGGGCCGGACCAGUCCUCUGCGGCAGCGGGCACCGAGCCUCCGCGCGGAGCGGGCGCUGGUGGCCGAGAUGGCGGUCCCUGGCUCAGAGUUCGAGGGGCGAAAGCAGGUUUCCCAACAGCUACCCCGCAACGCGACAAUCAGCCCCCCGCCCACCCUGACCCCUGCGGCUGCCACUCUGUCCCCCGGACCCACAGAGAGCACCCGCACCUUCCUCCUCACCAGGACAGGGAGAGACCAGGCCAUCCGAGAGCUGCAGGAAGAGGUCUCCCGGCUCCGUCUGCGCCUGGAAGACAGCCUGCACCAGCCAGCCCAGGGCAGCCCGACGUGCCCUGUGUCCACCCUCGGCCGCCCCACCCGGGCCCGGGCCCGGCCCACAGAUGCCUCAGUUUCCUGGGGCUCCCACUAUGGCAGUAGAUCCACAGAGAGAUUGUCUGCUGAGCCCGCAGUGGGGGAGCGAGUGGAGCCUGCAGGAAGACGGCGAGCCAGGUCUUCCUCGGUGCCUCGGGAGGUGCCGCAGCUGUCCCUGAGUUCCGAAUCUGAGCCAACCUCCCCUCAGCGGUUCUCUGAAAAGAGCCAGGCCACCGAGGACAGCGCCCAAUCCACUCGGGACAGAAUGAAAGGAGCUGGUGGCACCAGGCGGCCAGACAGGGUCUCCUUCUGGGGCCAGUACACAGGACCUCCCCGAUCCUCCUCGGUUCUCCAAACAUGCCAAAGCGGACGGUCUGGUUUCUUCCCAGGCAAGGAGUACCAUGUUCUGACCCCCAAGACGGCCCCAAGACACAGUGGCUCAGUCUCCUGUCCCCAGUGCCGACCUGCCAGGACCCGGGAAUCAGCUGGCAGUGUCACCAGGGACCCACCAGGACUGUCCGCCACUGAUCCCCUGCAGUGCCCCCUGUGUGGUCGAGUCGGGCUGCCCCCAGCGACGGAUGGCCCAGACUCAGCCGCCUCAGGGCCAGACAAGGCAGCCAGCAGGAGAAACACACGCCCAGCCUCCAGCCCCACGCAGCGGAGCAAGCGUGCUGGGUCGCCGGCCCGGCCACCUCCAGGACUCUGGUAUCUGGCAGCUGCGCCCCCAGCACCUGCCCCUGCUGCCUUGGCCUACGUCUCCUCUGUUCCCGUCAUGCCUUUUCCAUCAGCCACUGUGUACUACGUGCCUCCAGGACCUACCUCCGCCUCCUCAGCCCACUCAGCCCCUGCUGACUGGCCCCCCUCGACCCCCUCCCGAGUGGCCGGGGGACAGCGACACUCCAUCCAGCUGGACCUGGAGGACCUGGAGGAGCUCAACACGGCGCUCGCAGAAGCCAUGCAGGCCGCCGAGGGCAUCCGCUCCACCACCAAGCACAUGAGCCGCUCCCUGUCUGCCGACCUGCGCCAGACCCGAAGCCUGCGGGGCUCCUGCCUCUUCUGACUUCCCCGGAGACCCAGAACUGGCUGGGGGGGGGGGGGCAGGCUGGCGGGCGGGCUGCUGCUGCCCCCCGGGCAGGGGGUCGGCUGGAGUCACUGCUGAAGGCCCCACAGGCCCCUCCUGAGAGGUGUCCUUCUAGCUCAGGCCUUGCCUGCUGGGUGUCUCCACUGUGCAAGGAGUGUUGGCCUGGUCGUCUGGAGAGGGAACUUACCAGGGCCCCAGCCACUGCAGGAAGAGCUGGGACCUCGGCUGCCUUCUGCCCAGAUGCGAUCUUUGGGGUCUCCUGGUCCUGCACCAUCCUCCUCUGGCUAAUUAUACGUAUUUCAUAUACAGACGGACAGAUUUGUUUUGAAACGGAGUUUUCCUGGUCUUUGGUUCAACCCACAAGGCCAGAUAAAAAGGGCUGGGGCCUCGG